CAUUCACGGACAACAUGGACGCCAAAUGUGGACACAAAUGCAACCAGGCGCACGUUUUUUAAAACUUUGUUAAUUUUAAGGUAUUUUAUAAUGAAAAUAACUUAACUUGUAAACCUUGUUGUUUCCUAUGAAUUAACCAUUAAGUAGUAACGUUGUUGACAGAAACUGGGAAGCAACAGAGGCUCUAAAAGCAUCAUGUCUAAGAAUGAGAGUUUCCAUGGUGAUGUUAAAACAACUCCUCCUGAAGAAGAUGACACCUCUAGAGGUUUAUCAACCCAGCAGGAGGAGCAGCUGGACAGACUCAGAGGUGAUGAGAGGACUCCUCUGGUGUCCGACUUCAAACUGAUGAAGUUGGAGAAAGAAGCUCAGAAAAACUGGGACUUGUUUUACAAAAGAAACACCACGAACUUCUUCAAGGACAGACACUGGACCACCAGGGAGUUUGAAGAGCUCAAGGCCUGCAGAGAGUUUGAGUCCCAGAGGCUGGUGCUGCUGGAGGCCGGCUGCGGUGUAGGAAACUGCAUCUUCCCUCUGCUGGAGGACGACCUCAACAUCUUUGUUUACGCCUGUGACUUCUCACCGCGAGCUGUUGAAUUUGUCAAACAAAAUCCUCUGUACUGCCCUGAACGCUGCUGUGCCUUCCAGUGCGACUUAACUAAAGAUGAUCUGAGGGAAAAUGUGCCUGAGGGCAGCGUGGAUGUCAUCACUCUCAUCUUUGUCCUGUCAGCCGUCCACCCUGACAAGAUGAAGCUGGUUUUGCAGAACAUCAGCAGGGUGCUGAAGCCCGGAGGCAUCGUCCUGUUCAGGGACUACGGCCUGAACGACCACGCCAUGCUCCGAUUUAAAGCCGGCAGCAAGCUGGGGGAGAACUUCUACGUCCGCCAAGAUGGAACCAGAUCCUACUUCUUCUCUAAAGAGUUCCUGGCUGAGCUGUUUGCGGAGACAGGCCUCCAGUCUGUUUCUAACGACUACGUCCUGAGAGAGACGGUCAACAAAAAGGAGGGGCUUUGUGUUCCCAGAGUGUUCCUGCAGAGCAAAUUCACCAAGCCCGGCCUAUCGCAGAGCUCCUGAUCCGUCUCUUGGACUGUGUGUGUCACCUCAUACAUCGUGUGGACAAACAUGACACUAAAAAUGUCUGGUUGACAUUGGAUGGCAAAAAAAUAUUAUAUUCCUUGCAGGACUCGGUAGCCUAAACGUUACCGAGGUGGCUUUUGGCUGCUGUUUCUGAAUCCGUCAAUUCAUGAGGAAUGCCUUAUUGACUGAUGUAUUUUGCUCCUUCACCAACAGAUGAGGACAGUGUUGCACUGGGACUCUCACAGGUGGAAAUAUGUGGAACUAUAUGAACAUUGAAGCACAAAAAUGCCAACGGGAGCCUGAUUGUUCUGUAAGGACCUUAGCUGGAUGAAUAGUGAAUCUCAGUGAGUGGUAUUCAGUGAUGAAUCAGUUUCAACUCAUUUCGUAGCCUUUGUCAAACUUUGACCAGCCUGCAUCACCAGGAGAAGUUCUCUUUGAGCCUUCAAACU